AUGGCGGAGGAGGUUUCUCAAAAAAAGGCUGGCUCAGGUCUUGUCGCCCCUGUUGUUGCUGUUCUUGCUUCGGACUUUUCUGGCUCUCCUGUCGCUUCUAGUCCUUCCGUUGCUGCUUCUUUAUCUGCUUCUGCUCUUUCUGCUGCUGCUUCUUCUCUUUCUGCUGCUGCUUCUUCUCUUUCUGCUGCUGCUUCUGCUUCUGUUUUUCAUGCUGCUUCUGCUGCUUCUGCUGCUUCCGUUUCUGCUUCUGCUUCUGCUUUUCCUGUUCCUCCCGCGCCUUCUGUUGCUUCCUUUGCUGCCGCAACUUCUGUCUCUCGCGUUGCGCCUGAACCAAUCGAACAUUUGCCAUGUUUCCAUGAUGAUGAUGAUAAGGCCGGCGACCAGGACGAUGAUCUCAAUAAUGAGAAGGAAUGGCUAAGAGGAGCAGUUCACUAUUGUGCCACUUGA